AUGGAAGCCGACGAACAGUUGUAUCCAAUUGCGAUCUUGAUUGAUGAGCUCAAGUCAGAUGAUGUGACGCUCCGUCUUAAUUCGAUCCAUCGCAUCUCAACGAUUGCACUUGCGCUUGGUCCUGAACGUUCUCGCGACGAGCUCAUUCCGUUCUUGCACGAGUCGCUGGACGACGAAGACGAGGUGCUUCUUGCACUGGCAGAAGAACUGGGUACAGGAUUGGUAGAGUACAUUGGCGGCCCGCAGUUCGCGCAUCUUUUGCUGGGCCCACUCGAGAACUUGGCCGUGGUCGAAGAGACGGUGGUGCGAGAAAAGGCGUGUGACUCGAUCAACCAAUUGGCCGGUAUCAUGAGUGAUCAGCAGAUUCAAACCUUUUAUUUGCCUCUGCUGCAUCGCCUCUCUUCGGGAGAAUGGUUCACGUCGCGUACAAGCGCCGCGCUCUUAUUUGCCUCCGUAUAUGAAAAGAUCCCCCUGUCAAUGCGGGCAGACGUGCACAGCAUGUUUGUUUCGCUUUGCACGGACGAGACUCCCAUGGUGCGCCGUGCUGCUGCUCGCGAUAUGAGCGCUCUUGUUAAGCGCAUGAGCCCCGAAGUGAUUAUCAACGAAAUGUUGCCCCUGUACCGACGCCUCUCUGCCGAUGAUCAAGACUCGGUGCGUCUCUUGACCGUGCAAAAUCUCGUGGCUAUGGCUGAAGUUCUUAGUCCAGCAGAGACACAGCAGUUGCUUCUGAGCUCGAUCUGCGGUGCUUUCCAGGACAAGAGCUGGCGUGUACGUUACAUGGCAGCCGACAAUUUCGUCCAGCUGGCUACGGCUGUGGGAGAAGAUGUGGUUAAAGAAGACCUGGUGCCAGCCUACAUAAACUUGAUGCGUGAUGCGGAGGCCGAGGUUCGAACGGCUGCUGCGACCCAGUUGCCGGGUCUGGCGAAACUCUUGGACCAAAACACCAUCAUUGAGCGUCUGCUCCCUGUCGCAAAAGAGUUGGCCGACGAUCCAUCGCAGCAUGUGCGCGGUGCUUUGGCUGCCCAGGUCAGUGCGCUUGCGCCACUCCUUGGGAAAGAUGCGACGACCGAGCACCUGCUGCCAUUGUUCCUGCAGCUGCUAAAGGAUGAGUUCCCAGAGGUUCGACUAAAUAUCAUUUCGCGUCUCGAGCAGGUAAAUGAAGUCAUUGGCAUCGACUUGCUUUCGCAGUCGCUUCUUCCUGCGAUCAUGACGUUGGCUGAAGACAAGCAGUGGCGUGUGCGUCAGGCGAUCAUCGAAAACAUUCCAUUACUGGCACAUCAGCUAGGUGUCGAGUUCUUUGAUGAACAGCUGAGUGGCCUUUGUUUGAGCUGGCUAGGCGAUACUGUGUUUAGCAUUCGUGAGGCUGCUACCGUUAACCUGAAAAAGCUGACAGAGGUAUUCGGCGUGGAAUGGGCGCGUCAGUCCAUCAUCCCCAAAGUCCUGCAAAUGAGCUCACACCCAAAUUACUUGUACCGAAUGACCACGAUCUUUGCCGUGACUACCAUGACACAGUCACUUGACCCAGAUACGAUCAUCAACUGUAUCCUUCCAUCCUUGUUGAAUAUGGUACAGGACCCCAUUCCCAACAUCCGCUUCAAUGUGGCCAAGGCUUUUGAGGUGCUGAUUCAAGAGCUCAAGUCAUCGUCUGUGGGAAUACAGACUGUGCAGGAACAGAUCGUGCCCGCUCUGCAGGCCCUCAGUGACGACCCCGAUGCUGACGUGCGUUACUACGCGCAGAAAGCGCUCGUCGCGGCCCAGGACAUGUAG